GGCAUGUUGGUGGAGGGUCCUCCCGGCCCCGAAGGACCCGCGUGCCGCCGGCGUGUCCCCGACGCCACCAUCCAUGUGUCACAUUUCCGCUUCGGGAGCAGCGGCGGGGACAAGGGCCCCGUGGUGGCGGCGCAGGAGGCCCAAGCUCAAGCCAUCCUACAGCAAGCCCGGCUGGCCCUCCGCGGCCCGCCGGGACCCAUGGGCUACACCGGCCGGCCUGGCCCCAUGGGGCAGCCUGGAAGCACCGGCAUGAAGGGAGAAUCCGGCGACUUUGGACCCCAGGGUCCCCGAGGUCCCCAGGGCCUGACCGGACCCCCCGGAAAGCCCGGCCGGAGGGGUCGGCCGGGGGCUGACGGCGCCCGCGGGAUGCCCGGAGAUCCUGGCAUUAAGGGUGACCGGGGCUUUGACGGGCUGCCGGGGCUCCCAGGUGACAAAGGACACCGGGUGAGUGGCCGCGGAUGGCGGUGGGGAUGGGACGGAGAGAGCGGGGAGCAGGGAGACGACGGCGACGUGGGACCCCGAGGACUGCCCGGAGAAGCGGGUCCCCGAGGUUUGCUGGGCCCCAAAGGCCCCCCGGGAAUCCCUGGCCCUCCGGGCGUACGCGGCAUGGACGGUCCCAUUGGGCCCAAGGGCAACCUGGGGCCACAAGGAGAGCCGGGACCCCCCGGGCAGCAGGGGACGCCGGGAACGCAGGGUCUGCCAGGCCCACAGGGCGCUACGGGACCUCCUGGAGAGAAGCCCCAAGGGAAACCCGGCCUGCCCGGCAUGCCCGGCUCCGACGGGCCGCCCGGUCACCCCGGGAAGGAGGGACCCCCCGGCACCAAAGGCAACCAGGGCCCAUCGGGUCCCCAAGGCCCCAUCGGCUACCCGGGCCCACGCGGUGUCAAGGGUGUGGACGGCAUUCGGGGGCUCAAAGGCCACAAGGGGGAGAAGGGUGAAGAAGGCUUCCCUGGCUUCAAGGGGGACAUGGGUGUGAAAGGAGACCGGGGUGAAAUCGGCGUUCCAGGCUCCCGCGGAGAGGACGGGCCCGAGGGUCCCAAAGGGCGGACGGGCCCCACCGGAGACCCCGGUCCCAUUGGGCUGGUCGGGGAGAAGGGAAAACUGGGAGUCCCGGGCCUGCCCGGAUACCCUGGACGCCAGGGCCCCAAGGGCUCACAGGGUUUCCCGGGAUUCCCGGGCCGCAACGGCGAGAAGGGCGCUCGGGGUCUGUCGGGCAAAUCGGGGCCCAGAGGCGAGCGUGGUCCCACGGGUCCCAGGGGCCAGCGCGGGCCACGAGGAGCCACCGGAAAGUCGGGGGCCAAGGGCACGUCUGGCAGCGACGGCCCCCACGGCCCCCCCGGCGAGAGGGGAAGUGGGGGCCUGCCAGGACCACAAGGGCCCAAUGGUUUCCCAGGCCCCAAAGGGCCUCCUGGUCCCCCCGGCAAGGACGGGCUCCCCGGGCACCCCGGGCAGCGAGGAGAAGUCGGUUUCCAAGGCAAGACCGGCCCUCCGGGUCCACCGGGGGUGGUGGGGCCUCAGGGACCUGCCGGCGAAUCUGGCCCCAUGGGGGAGAGAGGCCAUCCGGGACCCCCUGGCCCCCCGGGAGAACAGGGGCUGCCAGGACCAUCUGGAAAAGAGGGCACCAAGGGAGAUCCCGGUCCCACCGGCUCCCCCGGGAAGGACGGUCCCGCCGGCUUGCGGGGAUUCCCCGGUGAGCGGGGCCUGCCGGGCACCCCGGGUGGCCCAGGGCUGAAGGGCAACGAAGGACCAGCCGGACCCCCAGGACCUGCAGGCUCCCCCGGAGAGAGAGGUGGCCCCGGACAAGGUGGCCCUGUGGGUCCCCCCGGGCGACCGGGCCCGCAAGGGCCACCGGGCCCUGCUGGAGAGAAAGGAGUUCCUGGUGAGAAAGGCCCCAUGGGCCCUGCCGGCCGCGACGGCGUUCAGGGCCCCGUGGGUCUCCCCGGCCCCGCCGGCCCUCCCGGCGGCCCUGGGGAGGACGGUGACAAGGGCGAGGUGGGAGAGCCAGGCCAGAAGGGCAGCAAGGGCAACAAGGGCGAGCACGGUCCUCCCGGUCCUCCCGGGCCCAUCGGGCCAGUGGGGCAGCCCGGAGCGGCCGGCGCCGACGGGGAGCCGGGCGCCCGCGGUCCCCAGGGGCACUUCGGAGCCAAGGGCGACGAGGGGACGCGGGGCUUCAACGGGCCUCCCGGCCCCAUCGGGCUCCAGGGUUUACCAGGCCCAGCUGGUGAGAAGGGUGAGACGGGUGACGUGGGUCCCAUGGGCCCUCCCGGACCUCCUGGCCCGCGCGGUCCAGCUGGAGCCUCCGGAGCAGACGGACCCCAAGGACCUCCUGGAGGUAUUGGUAACCUGGGGCCUCCCGGCGAGAAGGGGGAGCCCGGUGAAUCGGGGUCCCCAGGUAUCCAGGGGGAGCCAGGAGUCAAGGGCCCACGAGGAGAGCGAGGGGAGAAGGGAGAAGCUGGAGCCGCCGGAGUGGCCGGACCGCCUGGAGGGAAGGGGCCGCCUGGUGACGAUGGGCCCAAGGGCAACCCCGGUCCCGUUGGUUUUCCAGGCGAUCCAGGACCCCCGGGCGAAAUGGGUCCCAGGGGUCAAGACGGCGCCAAGGGUGAGCGUGGGGAGGACGGCGAGCCCGGCGAGCCGGGCUCUCCUGGUCCGACGGGUGAGAACGGCCCUCCCGGGCCCCUGGGGAAGAGGGGCCCUGCUGGAACCCCUGGGCCUGAGGGGCGCCAGGGUGAGAAGGGCGCCAAGGGAGAACCGGGCAUAGUGUGCCCCCGGCAAGACUGGCCCCGUGGUGCCCCUGGCAAGACUGGCCCUGUGGGGCCCCAGGGACCCGCUGGGAAGCAGGGUCCCGACGGCCUCAGAGGUCUGCCCGGCUCUGUGGGAGAACAAGGCAAACCGGGCACCACGGGCCAGGCUGGGCCGCCAGGACCAGUGGGUCCUCCCGGUCUCCCCGGCCUCAAAGGCGACACCGGGGCCAAAGGAGAGAAGGGUCAUCCUGGUCUCAUUGGUUUGAUUGGACCGCCGGGAGAGCAGGGGGAGAAGGGAGACCGGGGUCUGCCCGGCCCCCAGGGCUCCACGGGGCAGAAAGGAGAAACCCUGAGUGAGGGGCCUGGGGAACAGGAGAAACGGAGGCCGGGAGGGGAAGGGUGUGUGGCGGGUCCAGGCAGGUGGGGAUGUAGAAUAGGGGGUGGCACAGGACCCAAAGGUGAACGUGGCCCUCCGGGACCCCCCGGACACCCGGGCCCCCCGGGGGAGGUGAUCCAGCCCCUGCCUAUCCAGCUGCCCAAGAAGAGCAAACGCUCCAUCGACGGCAGCAAACUGAUGGAGGAGGAGGAGGAGGAUGGAGAGAGGGCGGCCGCCGACGAGGCGGCUCGCGACUACGCGGACGGCAUGGAGGAGAUCUUCGGCUCCCUCAACUCCCUCAAGCAGGAGAUCGAGGGGCUGCGGCGCCCCAUGGGCACCCAGGACAACCCUGCCCGCACAUGCCAGGACCUGCAGCUCAGCCACCCGGGCCUUCCUGACGGCGAGUACUGGAUCGACCCCAACCAGGGCUGCGCCCGAGACUCCUUCAAGGUUUAUUGCAACUUCACCGCAGGCGGGGAGACCUGCGUCUUUCCCAGCAAAGAGACACAGGAGGUGAAGAUGUCCGCGUGGGAGAAGGAGGAGCCCUGGAGAUGGUUCAGUCAGUUCAAGGAGGGCAGCAAGUUCUCCUACGUGGACUCAGACAGCCAACCCCUCGGCGUGGUGCAGCUGACCUUCCUCAGGCUCCUCAGCGUCUCUGCCCGCCAGAACUUUACGUACCACUGCCACCGCUCGGUGGCCUGGCACAGCAGCGCCACCGGGGACCACCAGCGUGCCCUCCGCUUCCUGGCUGCCAACGAAGAGGAGCUCAGCUACGACACCAGCCCCUACAUCAAAGCUGUGAUGGAUGGAUGCGCGGCACGGAAGGGCUCCAGCCAGACGGUGCUAGAGGUGAGCACGCCCCGCAUGGAGCAGCUCCCGCUGCUGGACGUGCGCGUCACGGACUUUGGCGAGCCCAACCAGAGAUUCGGGUUCGAGGUGGGACCAGUCUGUUUCCUCGGCUAGGACCAAACCGCCCCCCAUCCCCUACUCACCCCCCCCAACUGUCACCCUCCCUGCCACACCCUGGCCUCCAACGGGGCAAACCGUGCCACACUGCCACCCCGCUCUUGGAGCAGCGGAGCAACAGGACUCGCCUC